AUGUCUUUCCUCUUCGGCCGCCAACCGCAGCUCUCCUCCGAGCAAAAGAUCGCCCAAGCAGAAGCAGAAAUCGACAUGGUCUCAGACAUGUACGCGCGUCUCGUUCAGUCUUGCAGCAAGAAGUGCAUCGACACCUCGUACCGCGAAGCCGACCUCAACAAGGGCGAGUCCGUCUGCCUCGAUCGCUGCGUCGCAAAGUUCUUUGAGGUCAAUGUCAAGGUCAGUGAGAAAAUGCAGGGCGAGGCGCAAGGGAAGGCUGCUGGUGGAGCCAUGUUCGGCGGUGGCAUGUAA